CAGUUCGUGGACAGGGAUCGCCGGGAGCUAUGGUGAGGGCAGACCCUAGCAGACCCCGGGGACCGCUGAGCUGCUGGGCGGGCCGUCGGGGUCAGGGGCUCGCAGCGAUCUUCCUGCUCCUGGUGUCCGCCGCGGCAUCCGAGGCCGGAGCAGAGGAUGACUUCAGCCUGGUGCAGCCGCUGGUGACCAUGGAGCAGCUGCUGUGGGUGAGCGGGAAACGGAUCGGCUCCGUAGACACUUUCCGCAUCCCGCUCAUCACGGCCACCCCUCGGGGCACGCUCCUGGCCUUCGCGGAGGCCAGGAAAAAGUCUGCAUCCGAUGAGGGGGCCAAGUUCAUCGCCAUGAGGAGGUCCACGGACCAGGGUAGCACGUGGUCCUCUACAGCCUUCAUCGUAGACGAUGGGGAGGCCUCCGACGGGCUGAACCUAGGCGCUGUGGUGAAUGAUGCGGACACAGGGGUGGUGUUCCUUAUCUAUACCCUCUGUGCUCACAAGGUCAACUGCCAGGUGGCCUCUACCAUGUUGGUCUGGAGUAAGGACGACGGCAUUUCCUGGAGCCCACCCCGGAAUCUCUCUGUGGAUAUUGGCACCGAGAUGUUUGCUCCUGGACCCGGCUCAGGCAUUCAGAAACAGCGGGAGCCUGGGAAGGGCCGGCUUAUUGUGUGUGGACACGGGACACUGGAGCGAGAUGGGGUCUUCUGUCUCCUCAGUGAUGACCACGGUGCCUCCUGGCACUAUGGCACUGGAGUGAGCGGCAUUCCCUUCGGUCAGCCCAAACACGAUCACGAUUUCAACCCCGACGAGUGCCAGCCCUAUGAGCUUCCAGACGGCUCGGUCAUCAUCAACGCCCGGAACCAGAAUAACUAUCAUUGCCGCUGCAGGAUCGUCCUCCGCAGCUAUGACGCCUGUGACACCCUCAGGCCCCGGGAUGUGACCUUCGACCCUGAGCUCGUGGACCCUGUGGUAGCUGCAGGAGCGCUAGCCACCAGCUCCGGCAUUGUCUUCUUCUCCAAUCCAGCCCACCCUGAGUUCCGAGUGAACCUGACCCUGCGCUGGAGCUUCAGCAAUGGUACGUCCUGGCAGAAGGAGAGGGUCCAAGUAUGGCCAGGACCCAGCGGCUACUCGUCCCUGACAGCCCUGGAAAACAGCACGGAUGGAAAGAGGCAGCCCCCGCAGCUAUUCGUUCUGUACGAGAAAGGCCUGAACCAAUAUACCGAGAGCAUCUCCAUGGUCAAAAUCAGCGUCUACGGCACGCUCUGAGCCCCGUGCCCAAAGGACACCAAGUCCUGCUCGCUGACUUCACAGCUCUGGACCGUCUGCAGAGGGUGCCUGAAAGGAACAGCUCUUCCUCCGAACUCUGACCUUUUGCAACUUCUCAUCGACAGGGAAGUCACUUCGUUAUGACUUAACGCCCAGCUUCCUCUCGGGGCAGGAAGUCCCUCCGUCACCAGGAGCACUUUUUUCCAGAAUGCUGGGGAUCGCCCCUGUCCGUUCUCUCCCAGGACAACGGAGCUGUUCCUUUCUGGGACAGGAUGGGGGAGGGGCUCUCCCCGGAGAGGUGAACAGAUACGAACUCAGGGAACUGGGAAGGCCCGGCCGGUGUCCUAGGGUAUGGAGGCAGGUACUAGAUGUGAUUGCUCAAAGUCCCCAGGGCAGAGUGUCCUUUCAGAGCUAGGAUAAGCACACCUACGUGUGCACCUUUGAUUAUUUAUGAAUCGAAAUAUUUGUAACUUAAAACUUUUAAUGCAGAAAAA